GCGUGUACAAGGUAAUCAGCUUUUAAACCAGGCACAGGAAAGUCCACCGUCCAGCAGCAGGAACUUCCCAAUAUAUCCCUCUCUCUCAACGCAUUUCACCGGACAACCGGCUUCCUCAGGAGAUGAGGAAUAGGUUCACCAUUCAACUCUGAUGGAAGAUGGAGCUACACUGAAAAAAGAGCAACAAGACUCAGAGUCAAUUACUAAACAGCUGCAGGAAAGGAGAAAGACAAUGGAGGACAGGAUCGUAGAACAAGAACAUAAGCUGAAGGAGAAAGAAAUGAUUAAUGAGGAGUGUGUUAAGUCUAUAUGCGAAGAUAAUUUGAUUUUGGAAAAACAAACUCAAGAGAAACAAGAUAAAAUGAAUGAAAUAUGUGAAAACACUAAGCAAUUGAGAGAUGUCUCUGCUUCUGGGAUGGAGAGAAAAAUGGCCUUCAGGGAAAAAUGUAUCAAAACUAUCAAGACAAAAAAUCUGAUUAGGGCAAGUCAUCAAAUCCUUUACACUGUUGCAGGGGGAACUGCACUCAUUACAUUUGAGAAACAAGAAGUUGCAUACUAUAUAAUUGGAAAGAAUCAUACAAUACCGAUUGGUGACUGUCAAAUAAAUGUAAAAGCUAAGGCACUGGAACUACUGGUACUGGAUUUUCUCAGUCUUGACAUGAGCAUGUGCUCACGUAAAAUCCUUGUGUCCAAUUUACCAUCAAUGGCUGAAGAUAAUCUUAUGGACAAACUAGAACUGUUCUUCUCCAAGGGCAGGAAUGGUGGAGGUGAAGUGGAGGGCAGAGAAUUUCUAGCCGACUCUAAAAGUGUCAUUCUCAAGUUUUUUGAAGAUGAAGUUGUCAAGCGUCUGACAAAGAAGAAGGUUUUUGAGGUACCGUUUGGAGAAUUCAGUCAUCAAGUCACUGUAACUACUUGUAUAAAUGGCAGCAUUAAAAAAAUUGAGAUGAGAAAAUUGGUGUGUAAUCGCACAGUCCUGAUAACCGAUAUUCCAAAUAUCACUGACAAGGAAAACCUACAAGAUAUGCUAGAGAUACAUUUCCAAAAAGGCAGCAAUGGAGGAGGGGAAGUGAAAGCUCUACAUUAUUGCCCAGAAGGUCAUCACACCAUAGCAGUCCUCGAAGAUGUUCAUGAUGAUUGAGUUUAUAUUUACUGGCUCCACACACUGGCUAAUCUUAAUACACAGUGGACACAUAAAAAUGAAUAUGAAGUUGAAUGUAUGAAUGUGUAAAUUUAAUUGUGGACAUAUAUGUAAAAUAUGCCUAAGGGGCGAUGUGUGAAAGGAAAACUUAGCCUUUAUAAUUUUAUGUUAUCGAUUCAACAGCUCCACUUCUGUGGUUGCUACAUCAAAAUCAUUUAUACAAUAGAAGUAUUAAAUGUUUUAUCUCCAUUUUCACAUCAACACCUUUUUUAAAUAUUAUCAAUAUUAUGUAUGUGAUACAUACAUGUUUUGUAUUCUUACAUUCAAUUAUUAUUUAUACUUACUCUGUGUUAAUAUUCAGGUCUCUGAUUCAUUUACUUUAAAUAUGCACAUGUUCUAUUUCUUACAU